AGAACCCAGAGGAAACCACCCGGAAGUUGUUUAUUCUUCUACCAUGUGCCAAAGUGUUUUAUUCCUCUUAUACCACAUCAGUUUGCCAACGCUUAUGAUUUUCUAUUUAUCGGAGACUCACGUCUUACUUUUUUACUUUUUUGUUACAUUUAAUUUUAUGGAACAUCUGCCAGAAAAGUUAAUUCCUGUUAUCACUUACAUUAUAGCAGUUGCACAGGAAGAACAUGCAAGCUCCAUUCACACACACAGGGCCAACAUGCUCCUCCUCUGAGACCAGUUUAAUAUAUCAGUUUUCAUUACAUUACAGUUAAAUUAUAUUACUGACAAUAACUGGUGGGAAAAGUAGAAUCUGUGAAAUAGUUGCAUGAAUUUCAUGAGUGAUGAUUCAUCACGAUUCACUACAUGAAUCUUAGUAUUUGGUACAUCUGCUUUUUGCUUUAAUGACAGUGUGCAUUCGAGCUGGCAUGGACUCCACAAGUUUGUACAAAACCUUAUGAUCCAUUUUAGAUCAAAUCCAUCUGAAUGUUGUCUGAACACAUGCUUCAGUAGAAGAGCUUAGGCAUGAGGAACAUCUGACCUUUUUCUAUAUAUCUUUUCAAGUUAACAUUUAAAAAAAGAGCACAUUAAUAUAAACCUGUGAUUUGCAUUACAGGCGACACUACUGUCAAAGCUGAUGAAAAUGAAUCAACACCUACUGACCAGUUAGAUUCCUGAAUUCAACAGUGCUGUGGUAUAAUAUGAGGAAAAUCUGAAAUUUUAUACAAAGCAGUUAACAUGGUCAAUAUCACUUUUUCAAUAUUUGCUUAUAAUUAAACAGAGACCUAGAAAUAGUGCAGAUUCUUGAAUAUUAAAUUUUCAAGAUAUUGAACAUUUACUUUCUUUGUUUUAAAUAUUUCAAAAUUAUAAAACUCCUGUUUAUUUCCAAUUUUAAAUGGAAGACAAAUCCCAGAUUUUGAAUGUGGUCUCAGACUUUUGGACCUCACCGUAUAUUUGUGCUCUGUUACAGUCUUAAUAAGAUGUUUACAAUGGAAUUAACUAUAUGACUCAUGGGAAUAAUGUUCAGUAACCGCUUUAUCCUGUCAUGGUCACUGAACCUGGAGCCUACCCCAGGAAUACCGGACGUGAAUCCGGAAAACCCAGUGAUGGGACUCCAGUUCAUCGGAGGGCACCAUGCACACACGUACUCACACACUCGUUCACAUUAGGGCAAGUUACAGUAGCUAAAACACCUACUGGCGUGUUUCUGGGAAAUGGGAGGAAACCAGUGAACUCGGAGGAAACCCACAUGGACAUGUGAAACUCUGCACAGACAGUAAUCCGAGCUCAGGAUCAAACCCAGGACCAUGGAACUAUUUGGAUGCUUUGUCCUGUCCGUCUCCAUUUGAAGAAAUUAGUGAUGAAGACGCCAUACAGAUUUUUGUCCCCCCGAACCUUCCACCCACCACAUUCACACUCAGAGAUUAUGUGGACAAAUCAGAGACCCUAACAAAUCUGGUUCACUUAGGGGUUAAUCUUUCAAAACUAGAGGAACGACCUAAUGUGGGCUCUAUGCUGGUGAGGCUGGAUUUCCAGAAGGAUGUGGUGCCACGGCUUCUUUUCCUGAAAGAUCUGGGAGUUCAGGACUUUCAGCUGGGCCCGAUGCUCACUAAGAACCCCUUUCUCCUCACUGAGAGCUUGGAAAAUCUGCAAGCCAGGGUUUCGUAUUUGAAGUCGAAGAAAUUCAGUCCAGAGUCUGUUGCUGUGAUGGUGAGCAAAGCUCCGUAUUUACUGAACUUCAGUGUGAAGAGGUUGGACAACCGUCUGGGAUUUUUCCAGCAGCAGUUGGGCCUCAGUGCUCACAAGACACGAGAUGUUGUGACUCGUCUGCCUAGAUUACUGUGUGGCAGUUUAGAGCCAGUAAAGGAAAACCUGAGGGUUUGUGAACUGGAGUUUGGCUUUCGCAGAAAUGAAAUCCAGCACAUCGUCACUGUGGUUCCAAAAGUGUUAACAGCGAAUAAAAGGAAAUUGACACAAAUAUUUGAUUUUGUCCACAACACUAUGGGUGUUCCUCACUCUCUCAUUACAAAGUUCCCACAGGUCCUGAAUGCAAAAUUCCUUCGUAUAAGAGAACGACACCUCUUUCUUGAGUACUUGGGUCGUGCUCAUUAUGACCCCACUCAUCCCAACUACAUCUCUCUGGAGCGGAUGGUGGCCCUGCCUGAUGAAACCUUCUGCUCUGAAGUGGCAUUAGCCUCUCUGGACGAUUUUGAACGAUUUCAGAAAACUCUGUAGAAGUAAAAGUAACAUUGUGUUUAUGAGGGCUUCUGUGUCUGAAUUAUUCUGUGUCUGAAAUAUUUUCGUCUAAUAUUAAAAAUCCAAAAAAAACAGGACUUCAGUUGCAAAGAAACAGAGUUUUAGUCAGGACAGGAGACAGGAGAGUCGAAACAUGUUCAGUUGUCUUGCUGACUUGCCACUGCUAGACAUAUUUCAGUGAUUAUGUGCAUAUAAAUUUGCUAUAUAAAUUUGAAUACAUAAAUUAUGAAUACAUAAAUUUGCACCUGAAAACUCGAAGUGAGCUCCGAGGUAAUAAAUGUAUUUUGUUUUAUUUUUGGGGGUCUUUCACAUUUAUUUAAUGUUCAUGUAUAUAUUUAUGUAAAAACAGUUCAUGUAAUGAUGUAGAAACAUGUUUCAAACUUACAAUAAAUUUACAAUUGUAAGUUACAUUUUUUGUAAGAAUUCCAAAAGAGCCAGCAAGAUGGUAAGGAAUAUGAAUAAAGUCACUUUGUUUGAUCAGCUACACUCUUGCUGUGAGCGAGGUGAGCAGAUUUAAAGGGAAAGAAAAUAUAAGAACUGGGCUUUUAUGGCAUGCUGCAACUGUAUACUGAAUUAAUCUAUUUAUAUAAAAUAUAAUAAGUAAGGAGUAGAACAUGAUGACGUGCUGUAUUAGAAAAUAAUAAGCCAGGGUGGUUACCAUUCCCGAGGUGAUUUUUCCAAUACUGACAUGUGUCAUGUGUUUUAUUCCUCUUGUACCACAGCAAUAUGUCAGGGGUUGUGAUUUUUAUUAAAUAAUGACAUGGCAUACAUUUGAUCAAUUUAUAGUUUACAUUCCUUUAAUAGUGUGGAACAUCUGUGAGACAAGUUAGUUCCUGUUAUCACUUAAGUUAUGACAGAUAUAAAGUCAUUUCCUGACCAGCCUAUCUCUCUCUCUCUCUCUCUCUCUCUCUC